AAGCACUUGGGGAAAUAAUGAACCUCCACCACACGUUCUUGUCUCCCUCUCCUAAUCUCAAGCCGUCGCCAGUUCUUCCCCACACCAUACGCCAGUUAAGCUCUCAAGCGGCCCUCCAAUGGCUUCCGCAGCGUCAGCUCGUCCAGGCUCUCUCAGUCCACCAGGUCCGCAGCGGACAACGCUCCCCCCACGCCAAAUCCCGCCCUCUCCCCGCCCCCCUCCAGGCCAGCCGGCGGCAGAUGGCGUUCCUCCUGACGGCGUCGACGGCGCUGACCGUCGCGCCGCGACCCUCGGCUGCAGUGGACAUCCCGCUCUUCGGGCUGCGGAAGAAGCUCAGGAAGGCGGAGGAGGAGGCGGAGGAGAUCGUGAAAGAGGGCUUCGAGGCGGCGGAGAAGGGGAUCAAGACGGCCGAGAAGGGGGUCGUGGCGGUGGAGAAGGGGAUCGAGACGGCCGAGAGGGAGAUAGAGGAGGAGGUGAGCUUCGGAGGGUUGGCGCAGGCGGGGGCAGUGGCCGUGGCGGAGGCGGUCGGGGUGCUGGUGGCGACGUCGGUGGUGAACGGGAUCUUGGGGCCGGAGGGUCAGAGGUCGUAGAGAAUUCGAGUGUCAUUAUCGGCUUCUAAAUUUCAGUCUGUUGCGUUGGAUAUGAUUGAUUUUAGCUUCAUUAGUGUAUAAUAAUAGCGAUGAUAAUGGCUUUGAUUUUUGGUUAUGAUACAAUGUUUAUGUUAGUAGCUUGUUUCCUAAAGUAAUGUACAUGUGGUGUUGGUAGUGACAAAAAUGGAACAUUUGGCAAGUCA